AUGGUGCUCUCGCUGCCUGUCCCGGGCUUCUCGAGAUCGUCCGUAUCAUCCCCACGCCCCGCUGACGGCAAUACGCCCGCGCCGCAAUCCCGACCCCGACCUUCAGCCUCUAGCUCUUCCAGCUCCUCCAGUCGUGCCUGGAAAUCACCGUUGGGACAGACAGGAUCCUCCCCGAACAGCUAUUCCACCACCCUCAGCGAAGCCCUUCGUAAUAACCCCUUCGGCAACACUCGAUCUCGCUCCGGUCAGCUCUCGGCCCACGAAACGGAGGAACAACAGCGAGAACAAGAUGAACUCAACAAUACGCUUGAGACUUUGGUUCGAAUAUUUCCGGAUGUCCAGAUAGAAGUAUUCCGCGAACUGCUCGUGCGUUUUGACGGACAGAGCAGGACGCAGGUGUGCGUGGAAGAGCUGCUGAGACAUAAGAAGAAAUGGGUUUCUGGACGAUGGAACCUGCCAGAAGGGAACAGCGAAGCAGAUGCGCAGGGAGUUGCUAGCACAGCUUCAGAAGACUUCUCUCAACCCGACUCCGAAACUGGCCUGGUUCCUCCCGAAGAGCGAUUCCGGUCCAAUAAGUACAAGACGGCUGUGCGAAUGGCCAUGGUCAAGGAGUUCAACAGUCUCAACAAAAGCACCAUCGAAGCUGUACUGGCCGAGGUGAACUUCAGCUAUGUUCGAGCUCGACCGAUACUCCGCGACCUAUCGCGUCGGACCUGGCGCGCGACAUUCAACAGUAUGUUCCCAUCGUUCAGGAGGAAGAAGGACCGCGAAGAACACCCAUUUAUGGUCUGGCAUCGCAGCGCAGAUGGGGAGUUGGUCCCUGCACUGAAAGAAACAGGAUCUAGCGAGCUGGAUGCCGAGCUCCAUGAGAUGAUGGUGGCACCGCUGUUACGUCAAAGGCGGGAAGAACAGGAAGGCAAGGAUUUCCGAUUUGCUUCCGAUCUGAAUGAGAAAGAAGCGCAGGCCGUUGAUGCUCUGUUUGAAUGCGAGUGCUGCUUCGCGGAUGUGACAUUCGAGCAAAUCGCGACCUGUUCGACUAAUACUCAUAUUAUUUGCUACCAUUGCAUACAGCGAACUGUCCACGAAGCGCUGUUUGGACAAGGCUGGGGCAAAUCUGUGGACUUGGAACGGUCAUCUUUGAAGUGUCUUGCGCCACUGUCUGUUGGGUCAUGCGAAGGAUGUCUUCAUCCCCAGAUUGUCAAGCAGGCGAUUCUUCUCGGCACGGCUGGUUCUGAGACAUACCGCAAAUUCGAAGACCGACUUUCUUCCGAGACCCUCAUGAAGUCCCAGCUAAAGCUCAUUCGGUGUCCAUUCUGCUCCUAUGCUGAAAUCGACCCCGUCUACCACCCUUCAUCUCGAGGUGUAUGCUGGCGGCUACGCCGCGACGGCGGCAUCAUCCCUACAAUUCUAAUGACCCUUCUCAUCCUUGACCUUGUCCCAUUACUCGUGAUUCCUGUUCUUAUUCUCCUUCUUUUGGACCCAGCCACCGUGACAGCGGUCUUUGGCAAUGCAAUCCGCAACCUUUGUCUCAAGAUCCGGCCCAAGCGUUUCAAAUGUGCCAACCCCUCUUGUCUACGCAUCAGCUGUAUGACAUGUCAAAAGCCAUGGCGAGACCCACAUGUCUGUCAUGAGCCCUUACUAUUAGAUCUGCGCGCCACCGUCGAGGCCGCCCGCACGGCCGCUGUGAAACGCACUUGUCCACGCUGCUGCCUCUCCUUUGUCAAAUCCUCAGGCUGCAACAAACUCACCUGCGUCUGCGGCUACUCCAUGUGCUAUCUAUGCCGCAAGGCACUAGGCUCACCAAUACAUACGGCGCAACCCCUCCCUCGCCGAGAUGCAUACGAUGGUGCAGGUGAUCCAGAUGACCCCUUUGGCGAAGGCGCCAACUUAUUCGACGACGAGUUCGAAGAACCAGAGGGCUACAAGCAUUUCUGCGAGCAUUUUCGCAUCAACCCCGGUUCCCGUUGCACAGAAUGCACGAAAUGCAACCUGUAUCAAGCCGAAGACGAAGAAGCUGUCGCACGGCGCGCGGGCGAGAAAGCCGAACGUGAAUGGCGGAUCCGUCAAGCCGAUGCCGGCACCAACAACCCGACGUCGGCUGUUGGAUUCCGCAAUGUCAACCAAGACCUCUCGGCUGGAGGCGAUCACCCGAACCGUCGGCCCCCGGUUAUGCAUUGGGACAUGCAGCUCUUGUCAGGGAAACCGUGGGCUUAUUGGUUGAGUGACGUGUGGACGGAUGGUCAGUGGAAACUUGAGGGUCAGGCUCUUGUGGACUGGAUUGUGGAGCGGGUUGUUGCUAUUGAAGAUGUGUGA